AUGGCGCCAGAGCCACUGGAUAUCUCUGAGCAUGAGUUGCUCUUCAAAGCAACCAAUUUAUUCAAACUGGCCUCCAUAGAUUGUUUCAGAAACCAGAAGAGUCGAACAUUGCAAACGAACAUUGUAUCGCAAUGGUACAGAGAACACAAAUUCGAUGAUGAAGACAUUGUAGAAGAUAUUCAGUUUCUCAACAAAAAAUUGCAGGCAUCCGUUCAAGAUUUAAGUUCUUUUGAUGCCACUGAAGUAAAAUGUGGGCGACUAGAGUGGUCUCCAGUCCACCGGUCUGCUCAGUUCUGGGGAGAAAAUGCAGCACGUUUGAAUGAGCACAACUAUGAGCUUCUUCGCUGUCUGGUCCAUUUACUUGAUACUUCUGAGGAUGCUUUGGUGCUCAGCAUUGCAUCCUUUGAUGUUGGUGAAUACGGCCGUCACUAUCAGCGAGGCAAACAGGAGUAUCUAGGAUGCCAGCUGGAAAAAGAGCAAGGAUCAACAACUACUGCAGCAAAAUCUGCAGCUGGAGUAUUCGCUGAUAAUAUUCGUAAUUGCAUCUACAGGUUCUGAACAUUGAAAGGAAAACUAUUCAUAACAUUCCUCAAAAAUAAUAAUUCUAUCGAAGAAAAUUUGGCAACUCUGGAAUGUUCAUACUGCGUUCUUCCUUAGCACGGCAGAAGAGGACAAUGAUUCAGUAAAGGCAGGCAGGGGCACAGAGCAGCUGAGUUCCUCAGGUAAAAUAUCAUAAGAUUAUCUGGAAGAAGUUGGCUCCCAAUAGUGGAGAGGAACAAAUGCUGCUGUUCUUUGGUGUCAAUCAAUUCUGGUGCCCUUUUAAUUCUUUCUUGAGAAUGAUUUUUCCUCAAAAGGGACUCAUGUUGAUAUCUUGGCAACUAGUUAUGUAUUAAAAAAGUAUGAUGGUGGCACUUUCUCAACUCAUUUAUUGAACGUAAAUUUUCCAGAUUUGUUGUCUUAAAGUAAAGUCAUCCAUGAAGCAUGAGCUAAAAUUCGCUUUAGCUGUAAUUAAACAGUGGCACGAGGGUGUAAUUAAAGCCUCUGAAAACAUUGUGAAUGUCUCUCCAAUGAAUGCUUAAUUUAAGUACAUGUAUAAACAAUUUUGUUAGUUUAUGAAUUGGUUGGAACUCAACAAUUUACCGUUCCCCAUUUCGAGUAUAUUUUGUCUAAAUUCUAUUUUAGUCUUAACCAUAAGAAAGUUCUCUAAAGUAGGUUAAUUUGAAAAUCUGUAGUAGCAUCUUUCAACUGACAGAGACUUCUUCAAGAGUUGCUGUUUUAAUAGUUGUAAUAUUUUCAUUCUUAUUAGCCUCAACUCAACUUUACAAUUGACAGGGUGUGUUGGGAACAACUACAAAAAUCUAAUACAGCAUUCAUCUUUUUGCACCAUAACAAUCAGCUGUGCUUAAAUUUUUUAUCGCUGUAAACUGCAUCUUAUUUGAAAUUGGUCACCUCUAAGCCAGUCAAAUAGGCCAGACCAAAUACUAAACGCAGGAAAGUUCAGAGAUGUUGUUUUUUUUUUUUUUGCUGUUUUUUCCAGCCCCUGUACCCCUUAAAAACCAGUAGCUUUUCUCCACAAACCUUAGCAGUUAAUCUCAAACAAAAGAUCAAAGAAAAAAUUUGAAUAGUUUGGAACCUAAAGUCGUAAGAUGCUAAACCUAUUUACCAUAAUGCUUAUGAGCGGCUGAUUUCACUUGAUUUAAAAUGACUAUGUUAUGAACGAGAUUAAUUAUAUUUUUUCAACAACUCUUGUGCUGCAGUAUUAGUAUGUAAUUCUUAUGUUCAUUGAAACAAAUCUCUAUGCUCCAAGCCACGAUGACAACACAUAAUUAUUUUCCCCAAGUUCAUUUCAUAGCAACGUCACCUAUCACUGUCCUUGUUGGAUCAUUCUAUGAGAUGUUGAUGAUGUAUUUUUGAUUUGUUAAAUUUUAUUAUUGAGGUAUCAUAUAAUAUUGUUAAUGUUAAAUUAUAUAUCAAAAAAUUAUGCAAUUUUA